UUAAGAAUAUACAACGGGAGCUCUCCGUUUGCGUGUGGUAAAUCAGGCUUCCUCGAUUUGGAGGUAAACCAGUCAGACUCAUGUUCUUCUCAAGGCCAUUUGCGUAAAAUUAUCAAAAUUCCAAAUUGUUUUAAUAAUGUCAAAAAUUUAAAAAACACAUUUUCUUAACAUUAUCGAUCUCUUCUCGGCCAGCUUUGCAACUCCCUAGACAUGUUGAUAUUUACAAUGCGAAAUCUCCCCGCCAAUGGAGUUGCCUUAUUACAUAAUCAUCAAAAGCGCCAGGAGCAGCAGAGACGGCGGUUUUUUUCACUGUCUGGGGUUAGUUUUUUCGCAGCUGUUCAACGGAUGUAUCCAGACGUAGACUAUGACGCCGUAGUCGGAGCUCUAGAACACACAUUUUAAUGUAGAAGGACACAGGAAGAAAUUUUCAGUUCCGGACUUGCCCGGAUUGAUUUUAAAAUGUUAAAGUAACUCUCCAACAUUCGAUACAUCUUAAAAGUUAUUAGAAGAAAAUAUCAAGCGCUGGGGCUCUUUUCUGAAUAAAUUGUCUGAGGUGAUAGAAGUGACAUAGACGGAGCAUGCAACUGUCUGGGUCGAAGAAAAAGCAAUGAGUGCAACCAUGAUGUCUGGAAGAGAUAAUAUUCACUUUGAAGAGAAAUAAAAAUGGAUCGUACAUUACUUGCUGAUUUAGGAAUGUUUUAUUGGUAUAAUGUUGAUCACUAUAUUCCACCAGAUUUUUAUGAGACAAAAAUAUGUGAAUUUUAAAGAAAAGGAGUUUUCAGCAUAAUAUUCAAUUCUGAAAGAUCUCAUUUUGUGAUACUACACACCAAAUUUACAAUGUUCGAGCUUACUGGUGACAGCGAUCUAUAUUUAUCAUUUAUAAAACAGCACUUGCAUUAUGUACUGAAAUUAAGAAUUAUUUGACUGUGCUCUUCUCUGCAGAUUCAGCUUAAUUAAACCAUGCAGAACGGUACUUACCCGUGGAUGACUUCGUCCUCCCUUGGGCAGAAAAGCUGGCAUCCAGGAUAUCAAGCCAGCUUAACAGAUCUGUUUCUUAAAAAGAAUCCUCUGCACUUUGGAACUGGCAUCUCUCAGCUUGCAGCAGCUUCAAGCUACAUAGAAAAGAUGUCCCCUUCUGCUGAUCAUAUGCCCAAGUGUCCCCACCCGGAAGCCAAGGAUAAACCAUACCCUUGUGACACUUGUCAACAGUAUUUGAAUAUUUUGAGAACAGAUGGUGCUUCAAGCAAUUCCAGCAGACCAUCAAUCAGCACGCCUGUCAGCAUCGGUUCCCCAUCUGAACGAAAAGUAAUGGGUCUCUCUGCAUUGCCCCCUCCUGUAAAUCAUGCCGAUAGACCUAAUGGUUGUCCACCAACCAUGAUGCCAGGACAACAAAGGCCCAGGCCACCUCCAAACAAGCAGUUCCUCUGCCCUGUUUGUCACAAGCUGUUUACACAAAAGGGCAAUCUGAAGACUCACAUGAUGAUACACACAGGAGAGAAACCCUACGCUUGUCAAGUUUGCGGUAAGAGCUUCACUCAGAAAGGUAACGUCGAUACCCACAUGAAGAUACAUACUGGAGAAAAAGACUUCGCUUGUGAAAGCUGCGGAAAGCGUUUUACACAAAAAGGUAAUUUGAAAACUCAUAUUCGCAGCGUUCAUACCAAAGAGAAGCCUUUUGCAUGUAGUGUGUGUGGUAAAAGCUUUUCUCAGAGGGGGAACAUGCAGACUCACAUGAGAACACAUAAUAAAGAUGACAGAUUCCCAUGCACCAUGUGUGGGAAAACUUUUUCACAGAAGGGCAAUCUCAAAACUCACAUGCAGCGUCACACUGGGCAGCUGCCGUCUAAACGAAACUACAAUCGAGGAAUAAACAAUCCAAAUAAUAUGAGGCGAAUGCCCCAAGCUGGUGCUCAUUUACCACCAUUCAGUUUUCAUUCAUCAUCUGUUCUUUCCCAAGGUACUAUUCCAUCCCCAAUCAAUUCUCCUCUCUCUUCUAAAGCUCUGUUUUCAAAGAUUGGCCCUCAUAAUCAACAUUUGGACAUGUCAAGGACUGGCAUCAAUCUGUCUUAUCCCGAAGAUACUCACAAUGACUGUAGAUCCCCCAUGACAUCACCGAUGCCCCUUGUCACUUCAUCUGCUGGUUUAAAUAAUAGCCAGUCACAGUCUUACCACAACACCUCUUCAAGUCCUAAUCCUUCCCAGUUGUCAAGUCCAUCUCCUGAUGAUGAAAUGGGGGGGAUGACACAAAUGCUCCAGAACAAACCUUCCCAGCACAAUUCUCACCCACCUACUCCAAAUCAUCAAAACGAAACUCUUUCCCGCUCACAGUUGAACUCUCCACCUAAUACUGCUAGUGAUCUUCGAAUGGCUACUCCACCCCCGACAUCUACGAGCACUUCUCAAGCUUCAGAGUCUGAAAGUAGGCCAUUCUACUCGGCACCACCCACUCCCGUUCCGGGCCCUUUUGCCACUGCUUCUCGAUGGCUGUCGCACGAGCGUUCUCGUUACUAUGACAGCUUCCAGCACCAUUCGGGAUUGAGUUCUUACAAUGCUAUUUCUCAACAUACCACUCCCUUAUCACGAUUGUCUCUUUUAGCUUCUGGCUCUAUGGCUCACCAUCUUAGUCAACAACAGCAGCAGCAGCAGCAACAACAAACUUCAUCGCAACAAGCAGCAGAUGAUGAGAAAUCGAGUCAUGUUCAAGACUCACAAUUUCAUUCCAUAGGUAACCCUGAUUUUUCUCAAUUACUCGAUUAAUAAUGGGAAUAUAGAAGAGCUGAAUAUUUGCAAAGGAUACAGAAGUGUGAUAAGAUAUCUUAGCAUCCCCAUCCAUGUUGUUAAAACUCUAAAGGCAUAAUUUCUUUAAUUUUUUUAAACUUCAUAAAAAAAAAUAGUGUAUGUUUUUUAAGAGCUUGUUUUAUUUUCAUCUGUACAUUUAUUCAUGGAAACUUUAUGUUGCUCUUUUAUUUUAAGAAAAUGUUUUUAUGUAUAUAUUUGAUAUUUUAAUGAAAAAAGAAAUAUCAUUCAUAUAUGUGUGAGAAGAGUGAUAACGUUGGUAAUGAAGUUUUAGAUUCGCAUUCAGCGCCCGACAGCUUUUAAUUUACAAGUAAGAAAAAAAAUAUACCUUCUUACUUCUAUUUAUAGAAGUACAAGCUCAAUUCAAAAGCCCUAUUCGUUUGUACUCUACCUGCAAAACAUGCUAAUGACCAAAAUACUUGUUAUUAUCUUUCCUCUGAAUGUUUCAUUAUUCAGUGUUGCUGCUGUUUAUUUUAGGUGCUUUCUUGGAAAAAUGGACACACAAUACUGCCAGAUUUACAUGAAAUAUUUUAACUUUUGAGUACAGUAUAUAUUUACUGUUAAGUUUUACCAAUGCAGUUCCAUAGAUAGGAAACAUUUCUGGAUAAACUACAAGGUGCUCUCUGAAAUAAUUAUGGCCUAUAACUUUUCUCGAUGUAGUAUUUUUUAAUUAGUAAACAUUUUCCUGCCUGGCACAUUGUAUAAACAUGAAGUUAUGCUCAAACUAGUGUAAUGUUAAUACAUUUGUGACUUGUUAAACAGUCAUGGAGACAUGCAUAAUCAUUAAUUGUUGUCUUUGUAAUCUUAUAAAUAUCAAUAACCCUGUUUUACGACCAGACAAGCAAAUACAGCAUGAUUCUAUUAAAUGUAUAAUUAAAUUGUAUGUGCAUUUGAAUAUUGUAUUAACACAUAGCGUUUGGUGGAGCUGCGUACCUUCGUAUGAAGGAUGUCUCAGGUCUCUGAAGUUGCCUUUGAUGUGAACAAAAAGUGAUUUUAUCUUGUUGCAAAAAUGUAGAAUGCUCCUGCCUGUUAUAGAUCUACUUAUACUCACUGAUAUAAGCGCUAAAUUUAUUUUUUGAACUAAGGGAAAACUAUAUGAGGCAUUUUAAAAAAAGAACUUGAGUGAUUUAUUAUUUUUAAGAUGUUUUUCAUAAAUUGUUGCAUUUUAUGCAAAUUCAGAAAAUAAUUAACAACUAAAAUGUCCAAAUAAAGCAGGCUUAACUUAGUACUAAAUCUGAAUUUAGUAACUAACUGAUUUUAACAAAUAAGUGUGUUUAUAUGAUGUAAAAUAAAUAAAGUGGAAAAAUCUCAUCUUUUUUUGUGAUGGGCUGCUUUUUUCCUGAUUUUUCUUCUUUUUUUUAAGAAAAUGCUUUAAACAGUGCGCUUUUAAAAUAGAAUAUAAAAUGGACUAUAUUAGCUUUGUUAAAAGAAAAAAAAGGAAACUUUUUUUUUUCUUCUUGAAAUUGUCUGAUUGAAUUCUAUGCCUCAUAUAGUAUUGUGUGUAUGGAUAAGAAAUUUUUUGCUUUUUAAAAAAGUGAAAAAAUAUGCUGCUGGUUUCAGUUCCUGACACAUAAUUUUGUUUUGCCCUCUUCAAGAGAGGAAUGAAAUUGUUUUUCAUUCAGCAUUAACUGAAACUGUGAAGUCAAUUUGGAGGUUCCUUUUUUCUAGUGAAGGCAUUGCUAUGUCUUAAAUCUAAGUAUUUUUCAGUCAUUGUACUUUGACUUUCGACUGAAAUUCAAUGUUAUUGUUAGUAGUUGCCAUACAAAAAAAAAAUCUAUUGGUGUUGUGUUUAUUCGGUGAAUUGUGAUUUUUGUACCUCUGAGAGGUAUGCAUUUUGUAAGAUUAUAAACAUAAGUGAUUGCUGAUAUUUGUGAUAAAAAGUUUUUUUUUUAUUAAUAGUUCAACAUUAAAAUUUUACAUAGUUAAUAUUUAACAUAAGUUAUAGACAUUCCAUAUAAGAACAUUUGUGUCUUAUUCUUCCCUUUAAUCUUUUAAAAACAAUCACAUAUUUUCAAAUUGCAAAUUUUAGCUAGUUAUGAAUCUUUAUAUUGUUAUUUCUGUGGAAAUAUUGCACAAAACUUUUUGUUAUGUGAUAUUUACCCUUCCAGCGUUGAGCACCUGGAGAGAAUUGUAAUCAGAUUGCCUUGCUUUGAUUAAUAUGGGGAAAACUGGUUUUUCAUGCAGGAAAACCUACAGUUGAAAGUUCCGAAAAAGCCAGCACCAGCGCUCAUGGGGUUUAAAAAAACGUAAUUAUGUAGGUGUUUGUUUAUUGUUAAGUUUUAAAAUUGAAUAGAAUUUUUUUAUCUGAUCAGAUUUAUUUUGUUAAUUGCAAGGCACUGAAAUGAUUUACUGUGAACUUUAUUUCUUAGAAUCAUAAAGAUAUUUCAAAUAAAUAUUUUCUGGUAAAAACAUAAACUUAAAUCAUGCUUACAAUUGAAUAAGGUUAAAACCCUAUUUCUGUUUUUUAAUUUAGCUGGAUUUUUAAUUUCAGCUUCCAGUCAUAUCAAUUUAUUUUCUAGCUGAGGCAAAACUUAUAGUUUAAAUGGAACAAUAUGAAUAAAUUUGCAUGUGUUGUCUUACUCUUUAUGCAGUCUUUUUCCACAUUUAAGUUUGAGUAUUAAAAAGAAUGUCAAGACUUUAUUUCUUAAAAUCAGUGCAUGUUUGAUUAAAUAGUGAGGUUCAUUUAUUAAAUGUGCAUCAUUAAUCUCACCCAAUCUAAAGCAUUGCCUCGAAUAGUUAGAUGGAAAAGUUUAUUUAAUUUUUUUAUGGUAGAACUAUAUUUUAAAUAAAAUUUGAUUUGAUCUUUCCUUUUAUAUUCUAA